GUUAUUGGCCCCUCUCCGUGUCUGUCACCUGCGUGUUUCCCAUGCCUACGUGGGCAAAAAAAGACUUCUGCUUGGAGUAUUUCAAGAAGUGCAAGGUUAGUUCACUACCUUCCUGUCUGGCCUCGAGAUGUCUCACAUGUGGACUUUGGGCCUGCUCUGCUUCCUCACUGGUGCAUCAUAUGCGGCUGAGGUCUGUUUUAAUGAGCUGGGUUGCUUUAAUGACCUGCCUCCUUGGGGGGGUACUGCACAGAGACCAACCUCUGUCCUGCCCUGGCAUCCUGAUGACAUUGGCACCCGCUUCCUUCUCUUCACCCAGAGGAACCGUUACUACCAGGAGAUCAAGACAGAUCAAACCAUCCAUGCCUCGAACUACAGUGGAAUGAAAAAAACUCGAUUCAUCAUUCCUGGUUAUUUGGAAAAAGGAGAUGAGGACUGGCCACAGGCAAUGUGUAAGGUUAUGCUCACAUUGGAGAAUGUGAACUGCAUUGCUGUGGAGUGGAAGAAAGGUGUGAAGACUCAGUAUGCCCAGGCUGCCAAUAAUGCCAGAGUGGUGGCUGCCCAGGUGCUAUCCAUGAUCACAUUCCUCAUGGGCAGCUACAAGCAGGAGGCAGAUAAGUUCCACAUUAUUGGACACAGCCUGGGAGCUCACGCUGCAGGAGACGCUGGCAGCAGGAUCCCUGGCCUCACUCGUAUUACAGGACUAGACCCAGCCGAACCUUACUUUCAGGACACCGAUGUCUCUGUUCGUCUGGACACCAGUGAUGCCACCUUUGUGGACGUCAUUCACACUGAUGGACUUUCUUUCGACCCCAAACUCGGUCUGGGGAUGUCACAGUCUGUGGGCCACAUUGACUUCUACCCCAACGGAGGAGAGCUGAUGCCUGGCUGCACCACCAACAGAGGCGACCCCACUGACCUGGAUGCCAUCUGGGAGGGUACUAAGAAGUUUGAUGCCUGCAACCAUGUCCGAGCAUACCAGUACUACAGUGAGAGUAUAGUUAAACCCCAAGGCUUUGUGGGAUUUCCCUGCUCUAACAAGGACAGUUUUUCUGCUGGAAAGUGUUUCCCAUGUGCCGACAUCAAAUGUCCUCUGAUGGGCCAUAAUGCUGACAAGUUCUUCUCUAUGACUGAUGGCAUUUCAGAGACGAAGUACUUCCUCAACACCGGCAGUUCAAAGCCUUUUGGUCGUUACAGCUACAAAGUUGUUGUUACUUUGGAUGGUCCCAGCUGGACCAACCCAGGCUUCAUGUAUGUAGCACUGGCUGGAGACUUGGACAGCACCAAGGAGUAUCAGCUUCAUGUAGGUAUGCUGAUACCUGGAAGGACCUAUGAGUUGCUGAUUAACGCUGAAGUGGACGUGGGUGAUGUGACAGAGGUGAAGUUUCGGUGGAACAACCAUAUUUUAAACCCCCUGAAACCCAAGUAUGGUGCAUCCAAAGUGGAGCUGCAGAGAGGAAAGGACAAGAACAUCAUCUUAUUCUGUGGAGCAGGGAAUGUGGUGGAGAAUGCGAUCCAGUCUGUGCUUCCAUGCCAAGCUUGAGCAGCCACAAUCACCAUGUCGCUCAGCGUCUUUCAA